AUCAUCCCGCGCCGCGGCCGGGGACCGCGUGUCCCACCACCUGUCGACGCGGCGUGGGAGACGUGCGCCGCGUGCGUGCGCGUCGCCGCCCGGCCGUUCUAGACCUGUAGACCUUGGGGCUCUGGAGCUCCAUUAUAUACAGAGGCAAGUGGGAGCCGUUUGUUCAGCACCGCUACUUGUGCUCCCCCAACGCUACUACCGCCGCUAGCUGGUUCAAGUGCGGCGAGCGGAGCCGGAGACCGGUAGAGGAAAUUAAGAGGCGUCGAUCGGGCAUGGGGUGCGACGACAAGUGCGGGUGCGCCGUGCCGUGCCCCGGCGGCAAAGACUGCAGGUGCACGUCGGGGAGCGGCGGGCAGCGGGAGCACACGACUUGCGGCUGCGGGGAGCACUGCGAGUGCAGCCCGUGCACGUGUGGCCGGGCCACGAUGCCGUCCGGCCGCGAGAACAGGAGGGCUAACUGCUCCUGCGGGGCGUCCUGCAACUGCGCAUCCUGCGCCUCGGCCUGAUCCAUGCGCCUCGCCCUCGUGCUACCGCGCUGCCUAGUGGAGGGAGUUGUCUAGUGAGGCUCUGGAGACGAAGCAACUAGCACUACUUCUAAUAAAGGGGCUUGUGUCAUGCUCGCCAGACGCAUCACGCGCUGCAUCUGCAUCGUGGUAUCGUGUAGUAAGUUUGUGUAUGAAUAAACACUACCACUUUAUGUCUCGCA